CAAGAGGAGGAAAGGGCCGCAGCGGCCGAGGCGGCCGAAGCAGAGCGACAGCGACAGCGGCAGAGACAAGAGGAGGCAAAGGCGCAGAGCAAGGCACGCAAAAGCGAGGAGUCACAAGCCAGCAAGAGUGAGGAGAAGGAAAGCAAAAAAAGGCAUGGAGAGGCUUCGGAGGAGAAGGCGCCGAAGCCCGAGGAUGAGGAGCGGCGCAGACGGCAUGAAGAAAAGCGGCGCCGUGAGAAGGAAUUGGCGGAGCGGGAAGAAGUUUUGGCGCCAAACGAGAGUUCAACGCCAAUCCCAAAUGCUGGCCGCAGCGACCAGCACCGCACUUCUAAUGCGCCGACUACUGUCACUACGCCUGCCGCCGCAAGUGCAGUUGCGACUCCCUUCGCCGCAGGGAAGGCCCCGCCGCGCACCAAGCCGACGCACGAAGUUUUGGAGGGGCCCCAGUUAACCGCCGCCCCGAUCCCUGGCGUCAUUCGUGAGAGCAAACGCACGGCGGGCGUGAAAGCGCAGGAGCUGGAGGAUGAGGAUGACUGGAAGCGGGUCGCCGAGCAGCAGGAGGCAAAACCAGUCACCAGUGGCAGUGGUAGUGGCGGAGGUGCAGGCGAAGCGGAGGCAAGAGGUUACUUGGGGCAGCAGGCGCUGAAGGCAAAACGCGAGCAGGAAGAGGAGGCCGCGCGCCGCGCGCAGGAUAUGAACGCACGUGUCCUUCAAGGCGGAGGCGGCGGUGGUGGGAUCAUUAUCCACACCUCGAAGAGCGGCAAGUCUGGCGCGGCGGUCGCGGAGAGUGAACUCAGCAAGCUGAGAGAGCAACUGCAACUGCUGACAAAGGCCUCCAACCCGUUGGGAAAAUUGUUAGAGUCCAUCUACGAUGAUAUAGACACCAUGGCGAGGGAGCUGGAAAUGUGGCGCUCGGAGGCGCGAAGCCAGGCACUAGCCGCGGCGGACGCCAGGCGACAGACGAUGGAGAGCCUGCAAGAAGUCCACGCCCAGCUCCAGAACCUGGAGGACGCCAUCAAGGAUCAGGUCCUGAAGACACACAACAUUCGUCGCAGUGUCAUUAACAACGACAACGCCAUUGCCGGCAUGGUCCGCAUGAUUCUUGGCCCUGACACCGGAAAAGGUUAG